UGUGCACAUACUUAUAUAUGUGUGUGUAAAUAUAUUCAUAUAUAGUCGCAUUUUAGAUAUAUUUAUAUCCAGUUUUUAAUAGAUAAUGUACUGUAUGUGACCAAUGUCUUCUGCCUCAUAGUCUAAACCAUUGUUAACACUAUAAUAGUCAUAAAGCUACCUUUAAUCGCAGUAAAGAAAAAGUAUUACUUCUGUACACAAAGUCCCAAAUAUUUCGUUUGCACCAGUUUUACCAGAAUAUUUGAAAUUCUAGGUUUUUCUUCACAAAAAGCUGAAACUUCCUCAGCCCGGUCUUCAGUUCAGUGGUUCGCCUCCUCUGCCUGUCCUGGCUCCUCGUGUACUGUGCAGUUCCUGUUAAGGUGACUAGUUCUCAUGAAUAAAUAACCUGUUAUUUCUUCUGCUGGCUGCUUGCCUCCGGUUUUGGAAUCAAACACCUCAUUACAGUAGCAACACACAAAAGGAAAGAGCAAGUAAACAACAACAACAGUGGGUGGUUAGGUUUCAUGACGCUGCAGCCCCCCACGUGGACAAAGUGGCUUGCCAUAUCAUAUGUUCCAGUUACGUGUUUGCUGAGCGAGGACAACUGGCACUAACUAACAAACUCCGUUACUUCUACUGCAACGACUCUUUUUUUCCUGUUGAAUAUGCCGUCCACACAGGACAGCUGUGACCUGCCGCAGACCAAAACCAUCACCGUCUACAGGAACGGAGAUGCUUUUUUCCCCGGAAGGAAAGUGGUGGUGAACCCACGGCAUGUGUUGACCUUUGACACUUUCUUGACCUCUCUGACUAAAGCGAUAGGAGCUCCGUUUGGUGCCGUCAGGAAGCUUUACACCCCUCAUCAGGGCCGCAAGGUUUGCUGCUUGGAGGAGUUGAAGCACGGCGGUGCGUAUGUGGCAGCUGGAAAUGAGCACUUUAAGAAACUGGACUACUUUGACAUAACGACCAAGAGGCCACAGAAUAAGAGGAAAGAACAGAUCCAUCCUGUCGUACACAGCAGGAUAGUUGUGUCAGCUCGCUGGAAGAAAUCUAACGAUGAGACCUGCAUGAUAAAUGUUCUCACCAAUGGGGAACUCUUGACGCCUCCAGCACGAAUCCGGAUCCCCAAAUACACGCUGAAAAACUGGGAGAACGUUUUGGCCAUGGUGACGGAGAAAGUGCGUCUUCGUACUGGUGCCGUACACAGACUUUGCACAUUAGACGGACGUCCCGUCUGCAGUUCCACGGAGCUGGAGAACAACCGUCACUAUGUUGCGGUCGGGGCAGAAAGAUUCAAAGUGCUCCCGUACGACCUGUGCAUUCCCGGGUUUUCGAUCUCCGACAGCAGGACGUUUCAAAGCCGGGACAUCCUGCCCCCUAUUCCAAAGACAAGACAUGCAAAUGAUACAUUUCUUUACACAGGCUUUGGCGUACACUGUGAGCCCACAGCCAGGAACCAGAUGAAGAAACACACAGCCAUGAGAGAGAGAACCAAACAACCGAGGCAGGUGUCCAGAAGUACAGUUCUCCACAUCUCCACAGGGGGUAAACCGAGCAAUCCUAGUACAUUUGUCUCCUUCCUGCUUCCUAUCUUAUGAUUCCUUCCUACUAUACUUUAUUCAGACAAAUAUAGUGAGUGUGUUUUGAUUGAAGUCCCAUUGGAGAUAUAUGUGUGCAGGUUUGCAUUAGAAACACAUAAAACAGAAUCCAUUUGGUAAGUGAUGGAUCCUCCUUUGAAUUAUUGUCCAAACAGAACACACCUCUCUCUCUCUCUGUCUCUCCCUCUCUCUCUCUGUCUCUCCCUCUCGUUCUGUGAGUAAAAAAACAGAGACAUUUUUAUGUGAAUAUUAAACAGAACCAGACUUCAAACAACAUCACGGGGGCUUAAAACAAAGAGGA